GUGAGGUAUACAUACAUAUUGACUGGAGCGAAGAGGCAGAGGAGGAAAACCGUGAGGAGUGUGAGAGAGUGAGAGAGAGAGGGGAGGAAAAGGGUGAAAACUCAGUCCGACUCUCAGCAGCAUCAUGGCUCCUAUUGGAUUAAAGGCGGUGGUCGGCGAAAAGAUUAUGAACGAUGUAAUCAAGAAGGUUAAGAAGAAGGGAGAAUGGAAGGCAUUGAUCGUAGACCAGCUGAGCAUGAGGAUGUUGUCAUCCUGCUGCAAGAUGACAGACAUCAUGACAGAGGGCAUCACCAUUGUCGAGGAUAUAAACAAGCGACGAGAGCCUCUCCCCACCCUGGAGGCCAUUUACCUGAUUACCCCCACAGAGAAGUCUGUGCACACCCUGGUUGCAGACUUCAAAGACCCACAUUCAGCGAAAUACAAAGCAGCCCACGUCUUCUUCACCGACUCUUGCCCUGAUCCCCUGUUCAAUGAGGUGGUGAAGAGCCGCGCUUCCAAAACCAUCAAGACUCUGACGGAGAUCAACAUCGCCUUCUUGCCCUAUGAGUCUCAGGUGUACUCUCUGGACAAUCCAGAUGCCUUCCAGAGCUUCUACAGUCCCCACAAGACCCAGCUGAAGAACCCGGUGAUGGAGAGGCUGGCAGAGCAGCUGGCUACCCUGUGUGCCACCCUGAAGGAGUACCCUGCCGUCAGAUACCGAGGGGAGUACAAGGACAAUGCCACCCUGGCCCAGCUGGUUCAGGACAAACUGGACGCCUACAAGGCAGAUGACCCCACCAUGGGAGAGGGUCCAGACAAGGCUCGCUCCCAGCUGAUCAUCCUGGACAGGGCCUUUGACCCCGUGUCCCCCGUCCUCCACGAGCUCACCUUCCAGGCCAUGGGCUACGACCUGCUGCCCAUCGAGAACGACGUCUACAAGUACGAGACCAGCGGCAUGGGAGACUCUCGUGAGAAGGAGGUUCUCCUGCACGAAGACGACGACCUGUGGGUCGGCCUGAGGCACAAACACAUAGCUGAGGUGUCCCAGGAAGUGACACGCCAGCUGAAGGAGUUCUCUUCCAGCAAGAGGAUGAACACUGGAGAGAAGACCACAAUGAGGGAUCUCUCCCAGAUGCUGAAGAAGAUGCCUCAGUACCAGAAGGAGCUCAGCAAGUACUCCACUCACCUGCAGCUGGCUGAGGACUGUAUGAAGCAUUACCAGGGAACAGUGGACAAACUGUGCCGCGUGGAACAGGAUCUGGCCAUGGGUACAGAUGCUGAGGGAGAGAAGAUCAAGGACCCCAUGAGGGCCAUCGUGCCCAUCCUGCUGGAUGCCAACGUCAGCACAUAUGACAAGAUCCGCAUCAUCCUGCUCUACAUCUUCCUCAAGAAUGGCAUCACGGAGGAGAACCUGAACAAGCUGAUCCAGCACGCUCAGAUCCCUCCAGAGGACAGUGAGAUCAUCACCAACAUGGCCCACCUGGGCGUGCCCAUCAUCACAGAUUCCACUCUCCGCCGAGGAAAGAAACUGGACAGGAAGGAGCGUGUCAGCGAGCAGACCUACCAGCUGUCCCGCUGGACACCACUGGUCAAGGACAUCAUGGAGGAUGCUAUCGAUGAUAAGCUGGACACCAAGCACUACCCCUACAUCUCCACCCGCUCCUCUGCCUCUUUCAGCACCACUGCAGUCAGCGCCCGGUAUGGCCACUGGCACAAGAAUAAGACACCUGGAGAGUACCGCACUGGGCCGCGCGUCAUGGUCUUCAUUAUCGGGGGCGUGUCCUUCAGCGAGAUGCGCUGCGCUUAUGAGGUCACACAGGCCAAUGGGAAGUGGGAAGCCAUCAUUGGUUCCACCCACACGCUCACCCCCACCAAAUUCUUAACGGACCUGCAGCACCCCGACUUCCGAGAGUCCACUAGGGUGUCCUUUGAGGACCCAGACCCCUCAGACGAGUGAGACAGAGAGAGAUUGGGAGGGAGGGAGAGAGAAAUCACACUGAAAAAAGAUCGACCCACAUCUUCACCCCCACCAGUCUCCUGGAACAGCUCAAGGCCAUGAACAAACCAGACGAGGAAGUGACAAGCUAAAAUCUUCCAAUCGCAUCUCUCCCCUCUCCUCUUAACCCCGCCCCCUGUGCCCCCUCCCCCCUCCUCCCCCAAACCCUACAGUAAUUGUGUAUGCAUCUUGCUCGAGAAGACUUAAAAAAAAAAAAAACAUUAAAAAAAAAAAACAACAAAAAAAAAACACAUCUUAGAUGAAAAAAAUAUAUAUGUUGUAACAAAGAAUAAAAUCAUUGCAAGUAUUCUCAUGUUUUACAAUGGAUGCAACUAAAUAAACUUAUUUAAAAAGGUUUAAAUAUCAACAAAAGGCCAUUUAAAAACUGAAAAGUACCAAAUGUAAUAUUGUAUGCUAUGAAACCUGCUAGAAUGUGUAAAAGGUAGAGAUUUUCUCUGUUUGUUCCUUUGGUUUAUGUUCUCGGUGUGAAUUUUAAUGGUAGUAGGCGGAGGAGGGAUGUGUAUUUAUGGAAGGGGUUGAUGUAGUAAACAUCACAUCACCGUCAACAUGCAAUAUAUUUCAUUAAAGGACUAAUAGAGGAGCGUCUUAUUCGAGGUGUUUGUGAUCAGUAGCAUGCUUGGACUCGUGUGGACUGUUACUGUGUAUGUAUUCGGUGUGGAUGUUCUGGGAAUGGGCAGAAGUGGCACGGCUUUACUAGGAGGUAGUGCAAAAACACAUCUGUGUGACGGCAGCUCGACUGAGAGAACAGCUCUGUUAACAAAUAAAAAAAAAAAGAAAAAAGAAAAAAAAAAGGAUCAUCCCUCCUCCGCCUGCAAGACUGGAAGUAUUUACUCGCCACAAACUUUUUCCUUUCUCUGGAGAAACUUCACGUUUUAGUGUCAAAAGGCCAUUGCUUGCAGAUAUUUAAAGAAUAAUCUUAAAAGGGCCAAUUGUAUUUCAGUAUUGUAUCCUGUCAGAUUAAGUCUUAUCAUUGGUUAGUAACGAUGUUUAAUCGGGCCAUGCACUGAGUAGUGUUGUGUAUAAUGCCAUAUGUUGCUGUUUUAGCGUCUCAUUGUUGACUGGUGAUAUUUCUGACUGUGAAGUAGUGAAACAUUUCCUUUAAAAAUGCCAAUGUGAAGCCACUGUGUUUGUGAUGUUUUAGCUGUAGCUGUUAGUGGUCAACUGGGAAAAAAGAACUAAUAUCUAUAUUUUCUUUGUCUGUCUGAUAGUUUCCCUCCUCUGGUGCAAUGUAAAAUCCUCCAAUGGUGAAUGGCUUUGCAAAGACUUUUAACCCCCCCGUUUUCGAGGUUUAUUUCUUCUCUCUUUCCCUCUUCCCCGGCCAAACGAGUUGUAUAUUGCACUAUGCGUUUUCUGUGAUGCAAACGCUUGAUUUUGUGUUUAUUUUUUCUAUUAUCAUUUGCUGUUGUAUAGGGUUCACUCUGUCGACUCAAUUGAUUUAUAUCAAAGUUAUUUAUCAGAAAGAAAAAAAUAUUAAUAAAUGAAACAUUAGUCUGUCCUAAACCUGUUUAACUUAUUGGGAUUCUAUGUUUGCGAGUGUUGAAGCACAAACAAUACUUCCAUGUGUACCUAUGUACUAAGGCUGUCUAAUAAAUUGGCUUCCAUUACAAGA